AUGCUGCACGAAAAGAAACCUUCUGCUAUACGUAAUUUACGUAAAGCUGCUACACGUAACUUACGUAAAGCUGCUAUACGUAACUUACGUAAGGCUGCUAUACGUAAUCCACGUAAAGCUGCCAUACGUAACUUACGUAAAGCUGCCAUACGUAACUUACGUAAGGCUAUUAUACGUAACUUACGUAAAGCUGCUAUACUUAACGUACUUAAAGCUGCUACACGUAAACUACGUAAGGCUGCUAUACCUGCUAUACGUAAACUACGUAAGGCUGCUAUACGUAACUUACGUAAGGCUGCUACACUUAACGUACUUAAAGCUGCUACACUUAACGUACUUAAAGCUGCUACACGUAACUUACGUAAAGCUGCUAUACGUAACUUACGUAAAGCUGCUAUACUUAACGUACUUAAGGCUGCUACACGUAACUUACGUAAGGCUGCUAUAUUUAACGUACUUAAGGCUGCUAUACGUAACCUACGUAAGGCUGCUAUACGUAGCGUACGUAAAGCUAUUACACGUAAUUGA